AUGGUCGUGGAGUCUGGUCCGCGCGGCGAGCGCGCAUACGACAUCUACUCGAUGCUGCUAAAAGAGCGCAUCGUCUAUCUGGGAACGCCAAUCAACGACCAGGUUGCGAACGCCAUCAUCGCUCAGUUUCUCUUCCUCGACAGGGAGGACCCCGAGCGCGACGUCAGCCUGUAUAUCAACUCGCCGGGCGGCGUGAUUUACGCCGGGCUUGCGAUUUACGACACGAUGAACCUCAUCCGCCCCGACGUGUCCACCAUCUGCGUGGGCUUGGCGGCGAGCAUGGGAACCGUACUGCUCACUGCCGGCUCGAAGGGCAAGCGAUUCGCCCUGCCGGACUCCACCAUCCACAUGCAUCAGGCAAUGGGUGGAGCGCAGGGACAGGCGAGCGAUAUUGAGAUUGCCGCGCGCGAAAUCCUGCGCUUGCAGGACAAGAUUCGCACUAUCCUGUCCAAGAGCACAGGCCAGUCCUUCGAGAAAAUCACCCAGGACACCGACCGCGACCACUACUGA